AACACUCUCCUGUGAUGCCAUUCUUCUUGUCUGGGACAAAUAACUUGGUUGUUGGGAUACAACGCUCCAUCAACUCUCUAUCAACACUCUAUCAACGCUCUAUCAACGCUCUAUCAACGCUCUAUCAACACUCUAUCAACGCUCUAUCAACGCUCUAUCAACAGCUCCUUGAGGUUUCCAGAAAGGAGGAAGUCCCACCAACGCACUGCGCUCUCCUUCCUUUCAUUUGUGUGACGUGGCAGGACUUUACCUGAUCAACGACUCGAAGGAAAACAGUGUUCAAAACUCUUCUAUCCCSUCUGCUCGCCUUUCCCGCCUCGCUUCUUGAGUCUCUGUCUCUCAGGGGGGCACUACGGUCGUAGGCAGGGAUGGGGGACUGGAGUCUUCUUGGGAACUUCCUCGAGGAGGUCCAGGAACACUCCACCUCGGUCGGCAAGGUCUGGCUCACCAUCCUCUUCAUCUUCCGCAUCCUGGUGCUGGGCACGGCGGCGGAGUCRUCCUGGGGCGACGAGCAGAGCGACUUCCUGUGCGACACCCAGCAGCCCGGCUGCACCAACGUGUGCUAYGACAGCGCCUUCCCCAUCGCCCACAUCCGYUACUGGGUCCUGCAGAUCGUGUUCGUCUCCACGCCGUCCCUCAUCUACUUGGGCCAYGCCAUGCACAUGGUGCGCAUGGAGGAGAAGAAGAGGAGGAGGGAGCAGGAGGCAAAGGAGGCMAGGGUGGACGGUGGAGAAGACCUCCAGGAGGAGAAGGAGUACCUCCAGCAGAAUGAGAGCAAAAAGGAGGUUAGCUCUGAGGGGAAGGGCCGUCUUCACCUGAAGGGAGCUUUGCUGCAGACUUACGUCCUSAGCAUCGUGAUCCGAACAGCGAUGGAGGUGAUCUUCAUCGUGGUGCAGUAUCUGAUCUACGGGGUGUUCCUCAGGGCGUUGUACCUUUGCAAGGCGUGGCCCUGCCCCAACCCCGUAAACUGUUACAUGUCUCGACCCACGGAGAAGAACGUCUUCAUCGUCUUUAUGCUGGUGGUGGCUGGCGUGUCUCUCCUGCUGUCCGUGUUGGAGCUCUACCACCUCGGCUGGAAAAGCCUCAAGAGGUGCAUCAGCGACCAGACGGCCCAGAAGAACAACCACAGAGCUGUGACCGUGUCCGCAGCCUUGGAGUCCAACAGCCACCCGAGAGCCUCGGCCUCCCGCACCCCACCCCCGGACUUUGACCACUGCCUGGCAGCCCCGAGCUCCAUGAGCCCCAUGACCUCCAUGACYGCUCACCCUUUCAACACCAGGAUGGCGCUGCAGCAGAACUCGCUCAACCUGGCCACGGAGCGGCACCGCAGCUGCAACAACCUGGAGGACGAGGAGGACUUCCUGAGGAUGAAAUACGAGCAGGAGCCUCCAGAGCUCCCCAACAACUGCUCCCCUCCGGCUCCGCCGCACCACGGGUACCUGAAGGACAAGCGGCGUCUGAGCAAGUCCAGCGGGACCAGCAGCCGGGCUCGCCAAGACGACCUGGCAGUGUAGAUUUAACGUGGAGAAGCUGAACGCACGGAGGGAGGAGGAAGGUCUGGACGUUCGGAGACAAACGGGAGACAGAAAUACAAGUUUCAACAGAACAAAUACUAAAACGUAAAGUUUCUUCUUCAAAAACAAAAUAACUGGACUUAUUUUUGAAGUUGAAGCCUCAUUUCCUUGAUAAUCGCAAAACUACAUCAGAAUUUACUCUAAAAAAACAGUCUGACUAACCUUACAAAUUCUGAUUCUGAGGUCUGACUCUUGACCAAAAGAGAUGAAUCACAUGUCCACAAUAAAAAGAGACGCUGACAUUUUUGAGAAGAUUCUGGAAGCAUUACAUGAGCAGAAUUUAUAUCCUAGAGCUUGAAAAAAAAAACUCAAACUGCAAAAAACAAUGACGACUAAAAACAGGGUAACAGGUGUGGUACCUGACUGUUGCACAUUUUAUGCUUUAAGAACAAAGAAAGGGAUCAGAUGGGCAUGACGCAAGGACAUCGGUGCGAGGGGACUUUAGGAGUUGUUUUAUUUGAAAGCAAAUCAAUCCAAACACAUCUCAAGUAUCCAGAUAAUUACACAAUAAACUACCACUCAAUAAAUCAAAUCAGUUGCAAAUAUGGGCGAUGUAAUGAAUAAAAAAUCAGAAAUAAAAUGUCUGAAACUGUGAAAAUGUUCUUGCAUUUGAAGGAAAAACGAUAAAGUGCCUUUGCAAAUGUUACAAGUAGCUUUUUUCUUUUUACAUGCUUUUACAAUUUUUGUAAUUCUUGUUCUGUUGUAUUAAUUGUAUAUUACUUAAGACAAACUCUAACGUGAUAAUAAUAACUUAAAGUGGGCAAGUAUUGUUUGAAGUUAGACUCUUUUUGGAUAUUUUAUGAGAGAAUGUGGCCUUUUUUUGUCUUUUAUAUUACCUUACCCAUCUGCAAAGAAAUGGUUCUGAUUUGAUGCUUGUAAUGAAUAGGAACAACCACCAGAUGGCGCCAUUGCAGYGGUUGCUUGGCUUUUGCACUAAAGUUUUUGCACUGUAUGUUUCAGUUUAUGUGUUUGGAUGCAUUUUUAUUCAAC